AUGCCAGGAGUGACCCACGAGCUGGCGAGUACCCUGGACGUGCUGCCCACCCUGAGUGCCCUGGCUGGCGCUGCCCUGCCCAAGGUGGCCCUGGACGGAUUCGACCUGAGCCCGCUGCUCUUCGGGGAGGGGAAGAGCCCCCGCCAGGCCGUGUUUUUCUACCCUCCAUCCCCGGACCCCCUGCACGGCCCCUUCGCCGUGCGCCUGGGCAAGUACAAGGCUCAUUUCUUCACCCAAGGUUCUUUCCACAGCGACACGACGCCGGACCAGGCGUGCCACGGCGUCACCCCGCUGACGCCUCACCUGCCCCCGCUGCUCUUCGACCUGGAGACCGAUCCCGGCGAGAACUACGAUCUUCUGGAAGAUUCUGCGGUGAGCCCCGAGCUGCUGGGGGUGCUCCGGGACAUCACCCUGCGCAAGGUGCUGCUGGAGCAGCGCCUCAAGUUUGGGGACAGCCAGAUGGCCAAGGGUGGGGACGCCGAGCUGCAGCCUUGCUGCGCCCCUGGAUGCAGCCCCAAACCUUCCUGCUGCCGCUGCUCCCCACGCUGACGCCCCAAAACUUCCCGGCUCCGUC